AAUCUCUUCUCUUCAGUGAAAUUGGUGAUCUCUUAGGAGAAGAUGAACUUCAACUAGAUGUUGAGAAUGAAACCUAUGAAAGCAACCUUGGUGAUCUUGACUUUGAUUUAGAUUUGAUGUCUUGGGAUUCAGAUGCAUGGGAUAUUAUGAAGCAGACCCCAUCAGAUAUAGAGUGCAAAGCAGAACCUCUCUCACCAGCUGCUUCAACAGAUUCAGUUCCUUCUCCUUUACCUGUGGACUCUCCAGUACAACAUGUACCUGAAGGUGUGGAGUUUGGCACUAAUUCUCACUUAUCCACUGCAUCGUUAUAUGACAAACACAGCUCCAAAUCAUCAUUACUGCCAGAGCAAACUGAGAAGUCCCCACCUAAAACUACGCGUUGUUCAGCAAAUGGAUUGUCAAUGACCCUGAAACGAAGUAAUCGAGCAGCCUCAAAACCAUUAAUUCAGCCCAAGCCUCUGUUGGGAGCCUUCUGUGAAACUCAGCCUAGUCACCAGGCAAAAGCCAUUGUCAUUCCAGCUCUUCCCGCACUCCUGACCCUGCCUAAGCAGCAGCCAGUGGUUACAAUUCAGCCAGCACCUCCAAAAG